CAAUGGCAUAGCCACUUAAAUAUAUUGUACCUAGUUCAGAUUUUUUUUAUCAUUUGAGAUCCAGUAAAGUCGGUGAAGGUUUCAAUCAGAAUGGUUGUGUUGCAGAUAAUUUUUUUUCUAUUAGGUAUCUUUUCGAUGUCUGCUAAAGGAGGACACCGUAUCAUUCCAGGAUCUAUGCCAUACGAUGGGUAUCAUAAUUUACAUUUACCUCAUAGUCCACCUUUAUAUCCAACUUUUGCAAAGGUACCCCCUACAGGAUUUACUUGCAAGGGACGAAGUCCUGGUUAUUAUGCAGAUGUGAACUCUGGAUGCCAGGCUUAUUACAUGUGUCAACCGAAUGUAGCUGCUUCAUUUUUGUGCACUAAUGGCACCCUUUUCAAUGAACAAUUUCAAGUGUGUGAUCAGUUUUAUAAUGUAAGAUGUGGAUCGCCUUACUUAGAUUUAUAUAAAUAAUUUCUUGAACACAAAACCCUUUAUUCACAUAAUUUAAUAAUAAACAUUUAUAUUUAUCUUCUGUCCGUUGUUCCUGAUCCUCUUUUUCCAGAAUAAAGAUGUUUUGGCAUCUUUGUACCAAUAAACCUAUCUGCUUCACCUUUGAGA